CAAAAAAAAUUAUUGAAAUAUUCACACAAUGCGCACGCAUUAAAGCGAACAGACAAUCGGUGAAACGCUCACGUAAAACAGGUGGCGCUAGUGCAGGAGCCAGAACCGAAAUCAAGAAAGUCAGUCAGUUGGUCUCGCGCCUUACGCGUGUGCUUAUCGGAUUAAGUGUUUGUAAAAAGUGUUGGAACAUUGUGCUUUACUAUCAUAUAUUCAUUGUCAAAACGAUUGUCAGCAUUUAUUGUGACAAGAACAUCUUUUCUGUUCAAUUCUAGUAUUCUACGAUUGCAAUUUGCAUCUCAGCGAAGCAACGCCGGUUCAGGAUGAUGCCGGAAACGUAAAGGACGCUUCAAAGCGUCUAUGACAGGAUGUUGCAGAAAUGGUGACGACUUUCAACGACGUUGAACAACUGGACGUUCGUCCUGUGGGAGACAGAGAGCAGAAAUAAGGAUGGCCUUUCAUUGGGAUAAGCUCUCACCGGCGGAAUUUCAACAACUCCAGGAUUUAGCAGCUUAUUCCACACGAAAGCUACAGGAUGUCCUCAUUGAGUUUUGCGGAUCAAACACAACACCCAGCGGUGCGCCCAAAUAUCAUCCAGAUGGUGACAUUGAUUACGAGGGAUUUCGUAAAUUUCUAGACACCUAUCUCGAAGUGACAACCCCUGACGAACUGUCACGACAUCUUUUUUUGUCGUUCGUUAAAAAGGUGCCACGAGGAGUCGAUGGGAAAGCUUUUAAGGAAAUGGCCGUGCUUUCGUCGACAACCGCUUGUGCCGCCAUUACGUCUCACACAACGUCCAGCAGCAAUGUGAACAGCACAGGUCUACCUGGUGGAACAUCGUCGGAGGGUGGACACGGUUCCUCUUUGGCUGACAAAAUUCACGGUCUCACAGAGAAAUUGCAGGCAUUGGGACAUCAUAGAACGGACAGUGAAGUCUCCACCAGAGCACGCACAGGAAGCGUUCAUCCUAUAUUGACGAUACAACAGCACACGUCGUACAGCUGCCAUGACGUGAUAGAGAAAAAGAGCACGGACAGCAGCCCGAGCCAUAGCCAAAUGUCGCGGAAUUCGUCCAGGAAGUCGAACAAUUCGCUCCUCAUCAACAACGGGAAAUUAGAAGAAAUGAGACAUCUCGUUAGAAAGCAAAGCACAAUAGACGUCCACUCGGUUAAAGUCAGUCUCAAGGAUAUCGUGUGCUAUCUUUCUCUUUUAGAGGCUGGCAGACCAGAAGAUAAAUUAGAGUUCAUGUUCCGGCUAUAUGAUACAGAUGGAAACGGCGUUCUUGAUACCAAUGUAAGAAUGGACUGCAUUGUCAAUCAAAUGAUGAAUGUCGCCGAGUAUCUCGGAUGGGAUGUCACGGAAUUGAAACCGAUACUGCAAGACAUGAUGAUAGAAAUAGAUUAUGAUGCGGAUGGUACAGUGUCUUUAGAAGAAUGGAAAAGAGGUGGUCUUACAACGAUACCUUUAUUGGUUCUUUUGGGCUUGGAUUCUCACGUAAAGGAAGAUGGUAACCAUCUCUGGAGGCUAAAACACUUUAGCAAACCCGCUUAUUGCAAUCUCUGUCUAAAUAUGUUAGUCGGUCUCGGAAAGAAGGGUCUUUGCUGUGUUUUCUGCAAGUACACAGUCCAUGAAAGGUGUGUUCAAAGGGCGCCAGCUUCUUGUAUUGCCACCUACGUUAAAAGUAAAAAAACGUCCCAGACAAUGGCGCAUCAUUGGGUCGAAGGAAAUUGUCACGGAAAAUGCUUCAAAUGUAAAAAAACUAUUAAAAGUUAUAAUGGGAUCACGGGUUUACACUGUAGAUGGUGUCAAAUAACAUUGCAUAACAGAUGUGUUUCGCAAAUAAGAGCGGAAUGUACACUUGGUGAAUAUGCAGUUCAUAUCCUCCCUCCUACAGCGAUUUGUCCAGUUGUCUUGGACAGACAAAGAUCGUUAUCAAGAGAUAGUAAAAGAGGAAGUAAACAUGGGCAAGAUUCAUCAACUGUUAGCACAAGUGGAUUCCUAACAUCUGGAACAGCUACUAAUCAACAACCAGCAAUGUCUUUCCAAAUUACACCACCAUCAGGGAUCGUGCCACUCUUAGUGUUUAUAAAUCCAAAAUCUGGAGGGAGGCAAGGCGAACGUAUGUUGAGGAAAUUCCAAUACAUCUUGAAUCCGCGCCAAGUUCAUAAUUUGGCCAUGGGUGGACCUAUGCAAGGUUUACAAAUGUUCAAAGACGUAGAAAACUUUAAGGUGAUUUGCUGCGGCGGUGAUGGAACUGUUGGCUGGGUCUUAGAAACAAUGGAUCGUGUUCAAUUCGAACAUCAACCCGCUGUAGGUGUUAUACCAUUGGGUACAGGAAAUGAUCUUGCAAGAUGUUUACGAUGGGGUGGUGGUUAUGAAGGAGAAGCUAUUCACAAAGUUCUCAAAAAAAUAGAGAAGGCAACGCCUGUGAUGAUGGAUCGCUGGCAAAUAGAAGUGCUUGACCAAAAAGAUGAGAAAAAACCAAAUCAAGAUAGUAUACCGUAUAAUAUCAUUAACAAUUAUUUCUCGGUGGGUGUGGACGCAGCGAUCUGUGUAAAAUUUCAUAUGGAAAGAGAGAAAAAUCCCGAAAAAUUCAAUAGUAGAAUGAAAAAUAAACUUUGGUAUUUUGAAUACGCGACCACGGAACAAUUUGCUGCCAGUUGUAAAAAUCUUCACGAAGAUCUCGAAAUCAUUUGUGAUGGAACUCCGUUGGAUUUAGCACAUGGACCUUCUCUCCAAGGUGUCGCAUUAUUAAACAUUCCUUUUACUCAUGGAGGUUCUAAUCUCUGGGGUGAACAUCAUACAAGACAUCGUCGUCUUGGUAAACGGAAAAAACGACCAGACAAAGAACUCAGUACUAGCAGUUUUAAUUCCGUAGAUCUUACAGCGGCAAUACAAGAUAUUGGAGACAAUCUCAUAGAAGUGAUCGGUUUAGAAAAUUGUUUGCAUAUGGGUCAAGUGAAAACUGGACUUCGUCAUUCCGGUAGAAGAUUGGCUCAAUGUAGUAGCGUCACUAUUACUACUAGCAAACGUUUUCCAAUGCAAAUCGAUGGUGAACCAUGGAUGCAGGGUCCAUGUACUAUUCAUAUAACACAUAAGAACCAAGUACCAAUGUUAAUGGCACCACCACCAGAAAAGGGUCGAGGCUUUUUCCGAUUUUUAAAGAGGUGAACUUUGACAGUAUCAAAUAAUGAAACUGAA